GAUGGGUUCGAUCCUUUGCUGCUUGCUAGUGGCUGAAGCCGCGGAAGGCGAUUUCUUCCGGACCUUUCCUGUGGUCGACGAAGCACAGCAUGCCGUGUUCGAUGCUGAAUCUGUGCAGAUCCUUGGAACUGCCAGCGCUGGUGCCUUGGAAAAACAUCUUCCAGCUGGCUGGAAACUUUUGCGUCUCGGUCUGGAUGCAAAGGAAACUAAGGAAAUCCAAACACAGGCUUUGAUGAGUGUUGGCGUGGGUGAUUUCCGCAAUACUUCAUGUGGACCGUACCGCGAGCUUGCAAUAGCCGUUCCAGCAUGUGAGGGCGAGGAGAUCUACCUUGACUGUGGCAGCUUUAUGCGCUGUCAGGAAAAGCUGCCUCAUUGUUCUCAUAUGUUUAUGCUUCGAAGCUUUGCCAGUACAGAAGCAGCUGUCCGAAGUGCGCAUGCUGCAGGGAUUGCUGCAGAGUUCAGCAGUAGAUUUGACUUCUCUGUGAAUACAUCGGGCAAAUCAUCACGCUUGGCUUUCGCUGUUGGGUCUGCCAACAAUGAACUGCUCAUGGGCGAAGUCGAAGUUGUGAAAAAUGAGGAGAGUGGGGGCAGUGGAGGUUUGUCCAACCGUGGAGGAUACCGCUUGCAGCUGUUUGCUUCCGAAGGCGGUCGCCACAUUUGCGCUUUCCCAAAUGGCUUGGAGGCGGCACCAGCCCGCAUGGUGGAUGACAUUCACGGUGGUGAUUUCUUCCAUGACAUAGAUUUCCAGCCUGAAGGGGUCUUGCACUUGCCAGUGUUGCAAGUGAUGCGCUUGCCCACCUGGGGAAAACGAGGUCAAGGCAACCACACAAGCUUGGGCAGCUUGGGCAGCUUGGGCAGCUUGGGCAGGAGCUAUGCUCUCCUUGACAAAGAACAAGGGCAGGGCACAGUGUCGUCUCUGACCACAAAGCAGACCAAGCAGACCGUUGCUUCGCCUGCUCCGCCGUCGCAGAGUGUGAAUUUCAUGGACCUCGUGAAUGAGCUCAACGAAGGGAAGGAGAAACCAAGAGAUCCAAGAGGAGAGCUGUCAGAAAUCGAUUUGCUUCAAGCCCAUCAGGAGCGAGUGCCAAAUCAAAACGCCCAUCAGGAAUUGCUGGCCAAAGCAGCUGAGCAAAAUCCUCGGGCAAGAUCCAGCACUACCGAUCGGCAUUUACCAAAUGCGAUAUUGCAAGAGUUGUAGACAGGACAAGAAAAA